GCUGUUGGAAGUACUCCUGUCUGGAGUAAAUCCAGCUGUACACAGGUCACUGAUAACAAGUGAGAGAAGAGAAGAAGGAAAGCGACAGUAAAAAGACAGUUUGAGAGAGAGCUGUAAGAAAGAACAAAGUGCCUUACGCUGCUGCAUUGUGAACCCCUGAACACAAGGAAGAUGGAGCAUGUGGCUGACCUCCCCAGCGGCCCGCUGGAUAUCUACAGGCAAAAAGCUUCUUUCAACUGGAAGGAGAUGCUCUGCUUUAUAGAUGGAGAGGAAACACUGGCAUUCAAGCAACAUGUGUUCAAGACGCUGGAGAAUGAUCCUCUGUUUGCCCGCAUACCUGGUGAAGACGUUCCUGUUGAGAAAAUGAGAGAACUCAGCUUCCUCAGGGUGAAGCAGCUGUUCCGCUAUGACUUCAUGACAAAAGAAGAGGCGAUGGGCGACCCAUGGAGGACUGUGGUCCUCAAUGACUUGCUGGGCAUGUACGACUUCGCCGUUUCAUCCAAGUUCUUCCUCAACAAAGGGAUGUUUGGAGCGAAUAUUGCCAACACAGGGUCAGGGAGACACAGCAAAUAUGUUGAAAACACUGAAGACAUGACGAUAUUUGGAUGCUUUGCACUGACUGAGCUGAGCCAUGGCAGCAACACCAGAGCCAUGAGGACCAAAGCCACGUAUGAUCCCUCUACCCAGGAGUUUGUGAUUAACUCUCCAGACUUUGAGGCUGCCAAGUUCUGGGUGGGGAACCUGGGUAAGACUGCGACCCAUGCUCUGGUGUUCGCUCAGCUCUACACGCCUGACCAGGUGUGCCAUGGUCUCCACUCCUUCCUCGUUCCGGUGAGAGAUCCCAAGACCCUGCUGGCUCUGCCUGGUGUACUGGUUGGAGACAUGGGCAAGAAGCUGGGCCAGAAUGGACUGGAUAAUGGGUUUGCUUUGUUCCACAAUGUGAGGAUCCCACGUGAGAAUCUACUGAAUAAAACUGGAGAUGUUACUCCUGACGGCCGCUAUGUUACACCAUUCAAGGACCCUAACAAGCGUUUUGGGGCGUCUCUGGGUGCCCUGUCAGGUGGCAGGAUAUCCAUCACCAGGAUGGCUCUGACCAACCUGAAGCUGGCUCUGACUGUGGCUAUCCGCUUCUCCGCCACCAGGAGACAGUUUGGACCCAAAGACACGGAGGAGAUUCCAGUUUUAGAGUACCAGUUACAGCAAUGGCGUCUGAUCCCCUACCUGGCAGCAGCGUAUGCUCUUGAACACUUCUCCAAAUCCAUCUUCAUGAACUUUGUCGAGUUCCAAAUUGGACAGAUAAUGAGGGACAAGAGUGACAGACAAGCAGAGAUUGGCAGGGAGAUCCAUGCCAUUGGCUGCUCCAGUAAGCCACUGGGCUCAUGGAUGGCUCAGAGGGGGAUCCAGGAGUGCAGGGAGGCCUGCGGUGGACAUGGAUAUCUGGCCAUGAACCGGCUGGGUGAUCUCCGCAAUGACAAUGACCCAAACUGCACAUAUGAAGGAGACAACAAUGUGUUGCUGCAACAGACAAGCAACUAUCUGCUCAGCUGGCUCCACACUAAGCACCAUGAUGGUGUGCGGAUUGAGUCUCCUCUUCACACUGUGGAUUUCCUGGACGAUUUACACAAGAUCCUGGGAAGCAAGUUUACAGCAACAACAAUGGAAGAGUGCAUGGACUCUGCAGUGCCGCUGGCAGCCUACAAGUGGCUGGUGUGUUUUCUGCUGGAGGAGAGUCAGAAGAGGCUGGAACAGCAGAGGGCCUCGGGCAAGGAUGAAUUUGAGGCUCGUAACAACAGCCAGGUUUACCACUGUCGUUCCCUGGCCAUCGCCUACAUUGAACACAAUUGCCUCCAGAGGUUUCAUGAGCUGACUACUGAUCAGGACACACCAGCAGGUCUCAGACCAGUGCUAAGAAAGCUGUGUGCCCUGUAUGGGCUGUGGAGCCUCAGCAGCCACAUGGCCAUACUGUACCAGGGUAAUUACAUGAGUGGAAGGAAGCCAGCAGAGUUGAUCCAGACGGCCAUUCUCACUCUCUGCUCCCAGCUGAAAGAUGAUGCCGUAGCACUGGUGGAUGUUUUUGCGCCCCCUGAUUUCAUCCUCAACUCACCUAUAGGCUACGCUGAUGGACAGCUGUAUAAGAACCUGUGGUCAACAGUGAUGCAGGGUAACCAGGUACUGGAACGCCCCUCCUGGUGGAAAGAGUUCUGCUCAGACAAACCUGUGGUCGGAUCCCUGCGUCCAAAACUCUAGAACCCAGACACACACGGGUGACCAAGUGAAAAAUGACCUAAAAAAUUCCAACAAUGUAGUUUUAAAUGACUUCCCUAUAUGGCUACAUUUACAUUACAGACCUUAAUGCUUCCAAGUGCUGUGAUCACAUAAAAUAUGACAGUAAACAGGAUCUGACAAAUCAGUCAACAUUUCAUGUUAAAGUCCAGCUGAGUUUAAAUUGCAUUUCUACUACAGCAUAUAUAUCUGUUUUGUAAAUUGUGUUAUAUAACAAUGAAAUUAAUAUUAUAUAUUUUUGGUUUCAUGACAGGGUCCACUGUCUGUGUAUUACAUUGCUUCUCUGUUAACAUAGACAGAGAAAUUACAUUGUAUUAGCCUAAAGCAGUAAUGUUCUAUCACCUUUCUAUAAGUAAUCGGCUAGUCGUGAUGCUAACCACCAGACAGAAGGGAUUUUAGUUGCAUGAAAUAUUCUUUUUUUGUAUUACACAUGGAUAUAAUGAGAAAUUGAUUACUACUGUACUGAUUAAAAAUUGUUUUAUUUCAGCUUUAAUUUAAAUCUAUGUGUGUCUCAGGAUUUCAAUAGCUGACAUUCAUUAUCUGUUCUGUAAUAUUUUAAAAUGAUUUUUAUGGCCAUACCAAGUAUCACUGCAAGUGCCUAGAAAGAUUCAUAUCUCACACAAUUUUCUACUGUUAACAAAUAAUCUGCAAUAUUUGGGGUCAAAAAAGGGUCAAUAAUAUUUUGAGCUUGUGACAUGAUUCAAAAUAAUUCAAAGCCAGUGUCUGUGUAUCAUGUAUAUAUCAAAUCAGUUUAAGUUUAUGAAGGUGUAGUUAAGAUUUGUGGUUGUAGAAAAACAAACUGUGGAAGCUCGAGUCAGUUCUCUUGCUGUGUGACACUGAAGUUACACAUGCACACACUGUAAAUACAGGGUCAAAAAUUGUACUUGUGUGUCAUUUCAGUGUGGGAACUUUGAGUAAAUUUCAGGUGCAAUCUCACCAUUGGUACUUUAAUACAUUUUAUUUAGACAUUCACAACAUUUUUCUUCCAAUACAAAUGUUUUCUACGCAUUCUGUUUUUUUGACAGGCUUAAAAAGUUCGAUUUUUUUUUUUUUCUCAAGCUUAAAAUCUCAUUGACCUUAAUUUGAGCCCAAACUGAAUAGACCUCUAAGUGUGAUUAGUAGUUAGUUGACUGAUGAGAAAUGUAUCAUAUCAUGUGAUGUCAUAUUUUUAUUAAUCUGAAAAUUGUGUUAUACUGUACAUGAUGCACAGUACCUCAUCACCCCGUAAAGAAUUAUCACAACUCUUGUAAUACAAAUUAAAUAGAUUUACAAAAAU